CUCAAGUCUUACUUCUUGGUCGUCGAAGAAAGCCAUGCCGUUGAAGGAUCGGUUGAAGUCAAACCAAGAUCGCCCACGUCAGUGUCUGUCGACUUCGACCUUGCGAUGUUGCUAAAGGAAUUUCAUUCCACGAUCAGAGACCCAGAAAAGGCCUUUCAGAUUAUUGAUGAGGUCUCAGAGCUCCUCAAGGGAGUUGUAGUCGAGAGGAGAAGAGCCCUUGGAGAGGACAGCUUGGACACGUUGUUUGCCUAUCGCGAAUUGAUCACAGCAAGGACUAUGCGCAACAUGUUCCAAAUCAGCCAAGGAUCCACUAAGCAGAUCGACUGGGCCAAGCUCGAGCAGAGAUCUAAAGAGAUCUCCCUAUCCUUUGAGUCGCGACUGGGCUCACACCACCCGCAGACGCUCACUUGCCGCCUGUGGUGGUUUGCCUUCGCAGUUCUCAGCGAGCCGGAGGGUUCUGAGAACGUCAUCAAAGAGUCAAAGAAGAUCAUGCAGGAAUUAUUGGCUACGCAGAUAACUAAAGAGCGUUUGGACGAAUCCUCGCGGAUGCGAAAUAUCCUAACUAGUCUGCUAGAACAGGCAGGACAUGGGCCCUUGCCGAUGGAAAUGCCUGAGGAUCUCUCUAGAAAAGUCAAAGGGAAAGGGAAAAUGAUUGGGAUCAGUCCUUAGCGAUCGCCUUAGGAAGGUCGGACAAGAGCAUAAAGCUGUCGCAGUCAG